AUGCCCAGCUCUCGACUCGUCCCAGGCCGUUAUCCUCCAGUGGGUACCUCUCCCAUUGCUGAUGCUAUCCGUGAGCGGCGGGGUGCAAGAGGACUGACCGCUCUCGACGGUACCCUUCUCCAUGGAUGGAAUUCCCUCCUUGGAGCAAUACGAACCAAGGGAAAGCUUUCUGGCGAUGUCAGAGAACUCAUGAUCCUCCGUGUUGCAGCACACAAUCAUGCAGCGUAUGAAUGGAUCCACCACGAACAUGUGGGAAGAUCUGCUGGACUUACAACAGAACAGCUGCUAGUAAUCCGCGACACGUCUCGGCUACCAACAGAUGGGGGAGUCUUGAGUGCUUUGCAGAGAAGCGCACUGGCUUUCGCGCAAGAGAGUACCAACAAGGUCAAGGUGUCGCCUGAGUUGACCGAUGCGCUGAAGAAGAACCUUGAAGAUGACGACGAUCUCUUCGUUGAAGCGGCCGCGGUGGUUGCUACGUAUAACAUGGUCUCUCGGUUCCUUAUUUCGCUUGAUGUUGGUGGAGGUAGCGAUGAUCUUGUACCGUGGCCUGCGGAUGAGCAAGAGCAUAAGAUACCCUUAUCUUCGUCUCCUUCACAUUAUAUCUAUGCUAAAACUUAUAUCGUCUCCCCUUCUGCGCCUUGGCUCGUCUUUUGCAACUCUUUGCUGACCAAUACCACCCUCUGGAACCCCCUCCUCACGUACCUCCUUGCGCCUCCACGUGCAUUCAACAUCCUCUUGCAUGAUCAACGCGGACACGGCGCUUCCGUCUCCUCGCUAUCCGAACCUUGCACGAUGCCGAUCCUCGCGCAGGACGUCGCCCACGUUCUUGCGUCCCUCGGAAUCAAGCAAGUGCACAGCGUUAUUGGAGUAUCCCAGGGUGGAGCCGUCGCGCUCAGUUUUGGCACCCAAUUCCCACAUCUCACGAAGAGUAUCGUCGCAUGUGAUACAUCUCCAAAGACGCCUGCCGGAAACAAAGAGGCGUGGGAGGGUAUGAAGGAGCUCGCGAAUAUCACCGUUCCACGGUGGUUCCCAAGCGGAUCGGCAAUAAUCCAUCCUAGGCGGCAGGCGGUAGAAGAGAUGAUAGAGGGCACGGAUUUGGAUGGUUUUGCGUUGGGUGCGGGUGCUUUGAUGGAGUAUGAUCUCUAUGCGGAUGGGCUAGAUGACUGUAAGGUCAAGACGUUGCUUGUCGCAGGAGAUUUGGAUGGCGGCGGAAACGUCGGUAAGGGAUUGAAAGCACUCAAGGAGCGUUGGGCAGAAAAGGGGGUGACGUUGCAUAUCAAGAAAUUCCACAAGCAGGACAUCUUCCCAUGAUCGAUAACACGGACAGGUAUUGGGAGGUGCUGAGCGCUUUUUUUGGGAGUGUCGCGUAAAAUUGUAGUUUAAACGAUCGGAUGUCGAAUGUUGUAAGUUGAAAGAAGUCAAUGAUAUUUCCAAAUUUUACC